AUGUGCAGCUGCGACCACAGCCGCAGUGAGCCGCCAAUGGUGCUGGUGGUGCCGCCGUCGACAUCCGCUGUUUUGCUCGUCAGACUGCUCCUGCUGUUGCUGCUGCUUCUGCCCGAUGAAGAGGGGCCGUGGCUGCUGCUGAUUGGUGUGUGCGUCAGAGCCACGCCCUUGUCAUCGCUAUCGGUGUCUUCCCCGUCGUCCUUCCGCGCGCCCAUCGCCCUCUUUCUUCGGUGCUGGCGUCGGUGUGGACGCCGCCGUGACGAUACCGCUGCUGUUGCUGCAUCUUCACCGGUUGCAGGCGCACUGGAGUCGGUGGUGUCGUCUCUGUCCGGUGUCUCGCUGCCGUGCGAGUCAUUCUCCUCCAGCUGCGGUUUCUGCCCCUCACGCGGCCGCACGCGCAGCUCGUACGUCUUCUGCCGGCACAGCGCAGACGGCGCGCCCCAAUCCAAAUCCUCCGCCUCCGCUACGUCACGCAUCGCGGCAAAGGAGGCGAGCUGCUGGAGCAGCGUCGGACUGCGGCAACUCGUGAGUGUGGUACUGAGCAUGCCACCCUGCGGUGGCGGCACGGCGGCGGUGAGGAGCGUGAGGAGAAACGCCAUGGCAAUAACUGCUGGGCCGCGGUUGCCCAGCGGGAGCAGCACCGUCCCGUCGCCGGUGAGCCGCUGA